UCCCCAACCUACACAUGAUCAUAAGUUAUCAUCUGACUGCAUCAAGUAGACGUUGGAGCUGAUGACCUGUUCCUGCCUGGGACAGAGCCACCAGCAGCUCCAUGGCUCAGACCGUCAUCUACGCUGACCUGAGAUUCACCAAGGGGCCGGGGGGCCAUGGCACAACCAACCAGGUGCUGGAGGCAGCCAGCAUGGAUGACACAGACAGCCCCUAUGAGAAUGUUGUACCGGGAUCGGCACCUGUGGGGACGGCAGGGGAAGGGACUGAAGGCAGCCCAGGGCACUGGUCCUGGCGGCGCUGUGUACCUGUGGGGCUUCUGGCAGCCGUUCUGCUGCUGUCGGUGGCCCUGGUGGCCCUGGGGACCUGCUAUUGGCAGGUGACCCACCAGCUGCAAAACGUAACCAUGGAGCAGGCCACUGAGCGCGACCACUUUGCAAAGGAGGAACAAGUGUGGGAGCAGAGCCUGAAGCAGACACAGCAGGAGCUGGCAUGGGUGCAAGAAGAGCUGCAACAAGCAUGGCAGGAGGCCAGAAACAGACAGCAGGAGCUGGCCAGUCGGGAGGCUGAGCUGGUGCAUGUCUCAGGGACCCUGAAUGCGACCCAGAAGGAGCUGCAGGAUGUGCAGGGGAAGCUCAGAGCCAGCAAGGAGGCAGCGAGCAGCCUGCGUGUCUGCCUGAAUGCAGACUGCUGCCCCUCGGGCUGGCUGCUCUAUCGUGGCAAGUGCCUCUUCAUCUCUGCUAUGAAGAAGAGCUGGUGGGACAGCUACUGGGACUGUAAGGAGAAAUCUUCCCAACUGCUGGUGCUAGGUCAAUGGGAGUCAUUGGUGCUGCCGAAUUUUCUGCAGACAGAUGGUGCCAAGUACUGGAUUGGAGGAAUAUAUAAACGGUCAUCUGAAAUUCAGUGGCUGGAUAAGAAGCCGUAUUCCCAGGAAGAGUGGUUUAACUACUGUGGGGCAACAGCCAAUGGGAAGAUAGAGAAGAAAUGGUGUGCAGAUGCUCAUGCAUGGAUCUGUGAGCAAGCCCCAGAUAUGAGCAGUGUAUCAGAGAGCAUCUUUCCUCUGCUGGCCAAAGGGUGACUCUGGCAGUCCCUCUCCACUACAGGACUUGGAGACACAAUCUGGGGAUACAAAAGGAAGACAGCCUUCCCCUUGUGCAUGGCACCAUGCCUGUGCUCUGUCAUGCUGUUGGGAGGCAGGUGGGGAAAAAGACUUGCCUAUCUGUUUCUCAUGCUCAUGCCCAUCCUUGAUACUUGGCAAUAAAAUAAUGGCCUUCAGCAGUUAA